GGAUAAGGUGAUUAAAUGUGCAGAGAUUACCAUGCAGAAUGCUAUCCUAUUGCAGCAAGAGAUUCAUCAGCUUUGCACAGAAAACCAACGCCAAAAAAGAAAGCGACAAGCAUCUAGAUAUUUUAUUCAAGCAGGGGGGAGCUUGACAGGUGCUGAAGGGCAGCAAAAAGCUCAAGAGCAUGAGCAACUGCAGGAAUCAUCUCGACGACCACGGAGACCACCAAGGUGCAGUAAUUGCAAUCAAGAAGGCCAUAAUCGGCUUAAAUGUCCUAAUAAAUAG